ACGAGCAAGUCGAGAACUUGGGUGCUUCUACCAAGCUCCUCCGCCACUUUCCUCCUUACUCUCAUCGAACUGGUACUCUGCAAGAUGACUGAAAAGAAUGGCCUGGUGGAGAGUGAAGGAAAGUCUAACUUCCCAAGCAAGUCUGACUCCUCGACCAGGUCAAGCUUCUUCUCCAAUCUUAGAUUGUUCUCUAAGCCCAGCUUCUUGAGGCAGGAUGAGAAGAAGCUGAAGCUCACCAAAGAAGACAUCAGGCAGACGAGAGAGUUGAUCCACACUGAGGACGAUGAGAACGAGACCCUAUGUGGGAUAGGACCGUUUAAGCCCAGUUGGCUGCAGGUGCUGGCGAGGAAGGAGGUGUACCUGCUGGUGUACUGCAUGGUGGGGCUGACGCAAGGAAUGUUCUUCACCUACACCGUCUCCACCAUCUCCACCAUCGAGAAGCGCUUCAAGCUCACCAGUAAACAGACGGGCACCAUGCUCGCUGGCAACGACAUCUCGCAGGUGAUUCUGGCGAUGCUGCUCGGUUACUAUGGCAACUAUGGUCACCGCCCGCGCUGGGUGGGCUUCGGAGUGCUGUGUGCAGCCGUCUCCUGCUUCGUGGCGGCCAUCCCCCACUUCGUCUACGGGCCGGGCCAGGACGCCAUCGACAUCGUUGAGACCUCCUCUGGCAGCGUGGGAGACCUCCUAGCGAACGUUACCGGACUCGCUAAGAAAACUAAGAAAACGGAGGUGUGCUUCUCAGGGGGUAACCCAGAGGAUGAGGAGUCGUGCGACGCUCUCCACGGGCAGUCCUACGUCGGCCCCGUUGUCCUGCUCUUCAUCUCCCAGUUCUUCGUCGGCAUCGCCAUCAGCAUCUUCUACAGCAUCGGCGUCACCUACCUUGACGACAACAUCAACAAAAAGGACUACCCCAUCUACUAUUCUGUGACCUUGCUGCUGAGGAUUCUGGGACCUGUCCUGGGUUAUCUAGUGGGAGGGAAGUGCCUCUCCUUGUGGAUAGACCCGUCCCAGAGUCCCAACCUCACCAGGAAGGACCCGCGGUGGCUCGGCGCCUGGUGGCUAGGCUACCUGUUCAUCGGGUGCGGGCUGGUGUUCUGCGGGCUGCUGCUGUUCCUCUUCCCGCGCAAAAUGCCGGCGACGCUGAAGAGGGAAGCGAAGAGGGCGCUGAGGCAGGCGAGCAAGGACGACAGCAGGAGAGGCGUCGAGUACUUCGCCUCCCUCGCCCGCACCAAGAAGAUGGAGGCGACACCGAACCUCCCCAACCUGAAGAAGGCGCUGAAGCGACUCUUCACCAACAAGCUGUGGGUGGGGAACCUCUUCAACACCGUGGUCAUCAUCCUGGCUCUCUCCGGCUACUGGAACUUCAAGCCCAAGUACCUGGAGAACCAGUUCCGCAAGAGCGCCACGGAGGCCAACUACUAUACCGGAAUGGCCAGCUUCGCGUCCGUGGUGCUUGGCACUGGCAUGGGUGGUGCCAUCAUGAGGUGGGUGAGGCCAAGACCCCGCUACGUGGCAGCUUAUAACAUCUUCGUCACCCUCUUCCUCACAGCCGGCUUCAUUAUCCUCAUGUUCAUCGGCUGCCCGAAGCUCACCGUCCUCGGCCCCGUCGAUGGGGCGCCGGGGCCAGACUGUUCCGUUGACUGUGGCUGUUCGGACCGGUUCUCUCCUGUUUGUUCUCAGGACCUGAAAACUGUGUUCUAUUCUCCGUGUUACGCUGGCUGCGCCGUCGCGAACACCUCCGUCAGUCCUAUUAUGUUCAGCGAGUGUCGGUGCAUUUCCAGCAACUCAUCUCAGCUCACUGGUCCAUUCAACACCUCCUCAGCACCCUCCUCCUCCUCUCCGCCGGCAGAGGUUGACGAGACUCUGGGGUUCGGGAGGAGCGGGUACUGUCCAGAGCCUUGCGACACUUUCUUCUAUUACCUCGUCUUCCAGAUCAUCAUCAAGACCAUAUCGUCUACAGGCAGAGUCGGCUCCAGCGUCCUUCACCUCAGAUCAGUGGCAGACGAGGAUAAAGGUCUGGCCCUGGGCACUCUGACCGUCUUCAUUAGUUUCUUCGGCUUUAUCCCGGCGCCUAUAAUUAUGGGAGCAAUUAUAGAUUCGUCGUGUCUGGUGUGGGACAAGUCGUGUGGUGUAUACGGCAACUGUUGGCUCUAUGACUCUGACAAGUUUCGGACCAUUAUACACCUGGUGCCUGCAGUGUUCACCUUCAUCUCGGUGUUCGGUGAUCUGGUCGUGUUUCACUACAGUCAUCAGCUUGACCUCUACGGCGACAGAGACGACGAUGUGGAGAUGGAGAGGCCCGAGGACACGUCCAAGGAGGACGAGGUGGGGGAGGAGGAGGAGGAGUCGAAGCCCUUAAACGCUCACAAAGACGAGGAUUUCAACCCUCCAGCGUAGCAGUCGUGAACGCCAGUGCGAGGCUCAUAUUCCGACCAGGUCAUGGAUGGUGUGUGUGUGUGUGUGGGUGUGUGUGUGUGUGAGUGUGUGUUG